AUGGAUUCUCGCCAAGAUCCUGUCCGGCGCGUCGUGUCGCCCGCCUUCACGAGCCGCCUGCCGGCCAAGAAGAACAGCUAUCACUCGCUCCGCACCGCCGCCUCUGAGCAACAGCCUCCGCCAACUCGUACCACCCGUCAGAUGACUGCUUCGCCCGGCGUCAUGGCUGACAUCUCCGACUUCACCUUUGCCGCGCCUGCUCUGCCAAACGGCUUCUCCCGCCGCUUCUCCACCACCCACUCCGCCGAACAUCACACUAGCGUCGAAGACCAGCUGUCAAAUAACACCACCCCGGGCCAAGGCCUGACAGCACGUGGCCAUGUUGCUGCUCCUCUUGCAGCCUCCAGCUCGACCGGCCGCACUCGCAUCCCACGGCCUUCACUGUCGCCGACCCCUGGCCAGCAACCCCAGCCACCCCCGCAGAACCCGACCCGCAACGCGUCUGUGCUGCCUACUCCACGUCGCCCUAUGAGCGUCACCGAUGCCUAUAGGAUGGCCGAGGACGAAGACGCCAUCAGUGCCGCUGCACAGGGCUCGCCCAGCCCGGCACCUCGUCCCUGGCGCUCCGGCAACAACGCUGCCAACAACUCCAGUGCCACCAAACAUAAGAGCAAGCCUAGCACGCCUCUAGCUGUGACCGCUGCCGCUGUUGCCAUUGCAAGCGCCGGAGCCGGCUCCAUCAGCGCCAGCGAGAGCCGCAUGGAGCGCAUCCUCGCCCAGUCACCGCUCAGCUUCGGUGGCAGAAGAACGGCUCGGAGACUCGGCGAGCAUCAGCCGCAGGCACUGCAAAAACGUGACGAUAAGAACGGUUCUCGCACCAGCCCUGUGCCUCCCGGUCCCCAGUCUGCCGACAUGAUGCGUAUCCGUUACGAAGAGGACCAGGUGCGCAUGGAGGUUGCCAAGAGCGAGCGCAACGGUCUGUUCUCGCCAAAGGCCCGCGUCAUUCCCAAGCCUGCCGCCAUUCCCAGGCCUAUCCCGACUCCCAAGUCUUCGACAAGCAGCCGAGACCGGAGUCGCCGCAGCAGCAUCGCCAGUCCGACUCCGCCGUCGCCAUCGCCGUCGCCGAACGGAGGAGUGCCACCAGCAUCGGCAGCACCAACCCCCCCCAGCUCGAGCGGGAGGCAGUGGGGUGUUCGCAGCCGCCAGGGCAGCUUUCUCAAACGCAUGCUCUCUGGGUCAGGAAGAGGCUCGUCCGAAGCACUGCAUAGCCAGCCGGCAUCCAUCGCCGCCAGUCUGCCGCCCGAGCAACCGCUGCCGCGCGUGCUGCCGCCGUCGGAGCCGACAGUCAUUCCGGCAAGCCCCUCACCAACCAAGAAUCAUGCCUGGGACGCCGACGUGGACAUGGACUUCACGGCCCGCGAUUUGAUGGUGUCAGAUAGCCCUCCUGUCCGGGUCAGAACGGCAGAACAGCCCGCCACCAGCGGCUCCCAGCUCAACGAAGGAGCAGCACACCCAGAAGCAGAGCGGCCACAAACGUCGCCGUCGGUAAUGUCGCCCAACCUGAAGCUGGAUAAGAUCCGACAACUGGAAGUGGAGGUCGACCGGAAGUUCCCUGUUGGAGCAGCCCAGACGGCUGACCACCACCAGCACCAGCAGUACACCAGCCGCGAGGUGCCCUUUUCUGUGGCACCGCCUGAGGUGUCGCCCGAAGUGUCGCCUAAUCUCGACGCUGAUUCCUUCAAGGGGCCGCUGUCGACCAUGUCCGAGGACUCGUCUGAAGAGUCAGACGAGCACUCCCACAACAGCAGCGCCGUUUCGGAACGCACCAACAAAAAGAUCGACGAGAUCCGGGCGCGCGAGAUCGAGACCCUGUCUAAGAGAGCUCUCGCCACGGCGCGGUUGGACGAGAUCCGGGAGCGCAACGCAGGAUACCGGGCGCCGUCACGGGAGAGCAUGGGACAGAGGGCCAGCCAGGAGCAGCUUCGGACCGUCGAAGAGGUUGCCGCCGAAACUGGAGUCGUUGCCGAAGGGUACGGAAGGCCAGAAGGUGCCGGCAACUUUCUGGAUGUCGAGGGCAAGCGCGUUGCCAAGACGACUGGCUCAGUCCUCCGAGCAAAAUCACAGGACCGCAGCCAGGCCGGUGGCGAGGAUGGAAAAAGGGUGGAGGUCGACGGGCUUCGGAAGCUGUCGCCGUUAUCUUCGCAGUCGGUGCAGUCGGUGCACUCGCGAAACGAGUCGCAGGAGCUGCUGCGCUCGCUGGCGCGCGUGACGACGCUGACAAGCCCAACGGGCUCGGGGCCGGGCAAAGAGCACUCUAAGGAACUGCAACCGGCGCUUAAGAACACCAGAAGGUUGCGGGAGAUUAAGAGCGUCAGCAGCCUGCGCGGUGAUGGAGGACUUGAGACGGACACGCUGCGGCCGUCGGUGGGCUUUGCGGGAAUGCGGCGAAUGUCGUCGGGCGACACUGUAGCAAAGCGGUCUAGUGUGGCAAUCUCGGAGGGCGACGCGCUCGACCGGAUCGAAGCGGAGAUGAGACUGUUUGCGCCAGGAGAAAACCACUCGGAGAAAGGGUCGAUCCGGGCGCCGUCGCCAUUGGAUGAGCAAGCAACGGCGGCCAUCGCGGCGAUUGUCAACGGUGGCGCUAAGAGCAACGGAGACAAGGUGCUAGCUGAUGACGCGACACCGCGGGCGCGCAAGAUCAUCGAUCCGCUAAUGCAGCCGACGCCACGGGUCACUGGCGCUUAUGUGGAGACCCCGAUGACGACGAGGACAGAGAGGGUGCAAGAGACGGUCGAGGAGGCAGAAAAGCAGCAGCCAGUUGGCUACAUGGCCUCUCUCUUUCGCAAGAGGGCCAGCAGCACUGUCAGCAGCAAGAACGGAAGUGUGGUGACCAGCAGCGUCAGUGCGAGCGAGCUGCGACAACGGUCACGGUCGCUGCCCCGGGCAGAACGACGGCCGGUGAUCAACUCGGCCAAGCCGCCCAGCGCGCACGACGAUCUGCUGGAGAUCAAGCAGGCGCAGCAGGCGGACGACCCGACGCUGGACAACUUUGACGAGCUGCUGAGACGGCACGCAUCGCAGCGAGGUCCGGAGGCUGAGGAGGGGGACCGCAACACGGUGACGCCGGAGCGGCUGCGGUGGAUGACGAGCUCGGUGACGGCCAGUCUGUUGGACCUCCAGCGGGCGCGGAGCGGUAUCGAGGGGCUGUCGGACCGGGUGUUGCAGGAGAAGAUGAUAACGGAGCACAGACGGCAGAGUGUGGGCUCGAAGCUGGAAAAAGCGGUGGUGCAGUCAGACGCGAGCGAGAAGAAAGAGGUUGUGGGCUCGGGUGUGGAGGUGAAGAUUGAAGCGCCGGACUCGAGGGUGGAGGUGAAGAAAGAGGUUUUGCGCCCGGAAGUGGAGGAGGUGAAGAAAGAAGUGGCCCCGCAAGCAACGGUGCUGAAAACGACAGACGGGGCAACGUACGUGCGGAUCUCGUUGCCGCGGCUAUUUCGACAGGGGCAGUUGACGCUUGUGGGGAUGCUGGUUGCAAUGGUGGCGGUGUGGCUGGCGAUGGAGGGUACGGUGUGUGCGCUGUACUGCCGGCCUGAGGUGUGUGCAGGCAGUGCGAAGAUGUGCGAGUGGUCGCCCGACGACCCGUCGUUUGGAGCGGCGUUGCCGGUGAAGCUGGACCAGUGGCUGGCGGGUGGACGGGGACGAACGUUGGCAUCGUGGACAGGCGAAGAGCUGGGCGACUGGGCAGCCGAUGUGUGGGACACGAUCACGGGCACGGACAUCCGGCUGGUCGAUCCGACGUACUUUUCGUUUGACGAGAAGCGUCGUCAUCGGCGACGGCUGCAGAAGCACGGGCUCGUGGCGCCUUGGACGGCGCCUGAAGAAGCCCGAGCGAGGCUAGAGGAAUGGAGACAAGCCCGAGAGGCGCGCGAGCGGGCGCGUGAGGAGGGCCGCGACCUGGACGACGACGAGGCCGUCGAGGUGGAGAGCAUGCCAGAUGAUGAGCACGCGGGGUGGUGGUGA